UCCCACAAUAACAGUCCUGACGUCAGCCAGUCACCGCUCCCGUUGGAUGCAAAGCUGCGGAACGGCGAGAGAGACUGAACCGUGAUUGAAAGAGGCGAGCUGAACGGCGGUGGCGGCAGCCAUCUUAGAACUACCGCACUAAUCCGAGAUAUACAUCUCCUGGAUAUUUUUAAAAACCGAGCAAAAAUUGAUUUUUACCGGGCGAGAGGAGACAGAGUUACGUUGUUUAAACCGUUCGGUGUUUUUAUAACGAAGACGCGAUGCGGAUCGGCGUGGUGAAUCUUUUUGCUUCUGCAGUCGGUCUGCUUUUAGGACUAUUAUGCGCGAUGGAGGCAUCUAAAGUAAAUAAGCACAAGCCAUGGAUUGAGACCACAUAUCAUGGCAUUGUGACAGAAAACGAUGACAAAGUUCUCCUGGAUCCUCCUCUGAUAGCUUUGGAUAAAGAUGCUCCAUUGCGCUACGCAGAGAGUUUUGAGGUGACCUUCACCAAAGAAGGGGAAAUCUGCGGCUUCAGGAUUCAUGGGCAGAAUGUGCCUUUUGAAGCGGUGGUGCUGGAUAAGUCCACUGGAGAGGGGGUGAUCCGAGCCAAGGACAAGCUGGACUGUGAGCUGCAGAAGGAGCACACCUUCACCAUUCAGGCCUAUGACUGCGGAGAGGGACCUGAUGAAGGCAACACGAAGAAAUCUCACAAGGCUACCGUCCACAUCCAAGUGAAUGACGUGAACGAGUACUUGCCAGUGUUCAAAGAGAAGUCCUACAAAGCCACAGUGAUCGAGGGCAAAAAGUACGACAGCAUCCUGAAGGUGGAAGCCGUGGAUGCUGACUGCUCUUUCCAGUUCAGUCAGAUCUGCAGCUAUGAGAUUGUCACCCCUGAUGUGCCCUUUGCUAUUGACAAGGAUGGCAACAUCAAGAACACAGAGAAGCUGAACUACAGCAAGGAACGCAUGUACAAACUCACCGUGACCGCGUAUGACUGCGGUAAAAACCGUGCCUCUGAGGACGUCCUGGUCAAAAUCAGCAUCAAGCCCACCUGCAAACCAAGUUGGCAAGGAUUCAAUAAAAGGAUUGAGUAUGAGCCUGGCACAGGAAGUCUAGCCCUUUUUCCCAGCAUGCACCUCGAGACCUGCGAUGAACCAAUCACCUCCAUUCAGGCCAGCAUCAUGCUGGAGACCAAUCACAUUGGCAAAGGCUGCGACAGAGACACAUACUCUGAAAAAUCCCUGCACAAGUUAUGUGGUGCCAGCACUGGCACUGUUGAGCUGCUGCCUGCUCCCAGCAGUGCUGCCAACUGGACUGUCGGCUUGCCCACUGACAACGGGCAUGACAGCGACCAGGUGUUUGAGUUCAAUGGCACUCAGGCCAUUAAGGUCCCUGAGGGUGUGGUGAGCACCAGCCUAAAGGAUCCCUUCACCAUCUCAGUGUGGAUGAGACAUGGACCUGGAAGCAGGGAGAAGGAAACCAUCCUCUGCAAAUCUGACAAGACCGAGAUGAACAGGCACCACUAUUCCCUGUACGUACACAACUGUCGUCUUGUGCUAUUGCUGCGUCAGGACCCCACAGAAUCUGAGAACUACAAACCUGCUGAAUUCCACUGGAAACUUGACCAAGUGUGUGAUAAAGAAUGGCAUCACUACGUGCUGAACAUUGAGUUCCCAGCAGUGACUCUGUUUGUGGAUGGCGCCACUUUUGAGCCCUUCAUGGUCACAGAGGAUUACCCUCUGCAUGGCUCCAAGAUUGAAACCCAGCUCACCAUCGGUGCCUGCUGGCAAGACCUCUCAGGACAUGACAAUGAUACUGAGACACUCUCAGAGCCAGGUGGCAGCACCCGCAUGACUCAGUUCUUUAGAGGCAACCUGGCCGGACUCAUGAUCCGCUCCGGCAAACUGGAGAACAAGAAGGUUAUUGACUGUCUGUACACCUGUAAGGAAGGUCUUGACGUGCAGCUUCCAGAGGAGGUGGCUUCUGCUGUGAAGGUGGAGUUUAACCCCAACCAGUCUUCUCUGAACGUGGAAGGAGAUGACAUUGAGAGCUUUGAGAAGGUCAUGCAACACAUCUCCUACCUGAAUUCCCGGCAGUUCCCCACCCCAGGAAUCCGCCACCUGCGAGUCACCACCACCGUCAAAUGUUUCAACGAGGAGACGUGUAUCUCCGUGCCUGACUCUGAAGGCUAUGUGAUGGUUCUCCAGCCAGAGGAGCCAAAGAUCAGCCUCAGUGGAAUUGACCAUUUUGCCCGUGGAGCAGCUGAAUUUGAGAGUGCUGAGGGUGUGACGCUCUUCCCUGAGCUGCGCAUCGUCAGUACCAUCACCCGUGAGGUUGAGGUUGAAGCUGAGACAGAGGCUGAGGGAGAGGACGACCCCACAGUGCAAGAGACGGUUGUAUCUGAGGAGAUCAUGCAUAAUUUGGACACCUGUGAGGUGACAGUGGUGGGAGAUGAUCUGAAUGGAGAUCAUGAGAGUCUGGAGGUAGAUCUGGCCCAGAUCCAGCAGAGAGGUCUGGAGAUGAGGUCUUCUAAUGUGGGCAUGGUCAUUACAGGUGUUAACACCAUGGUGAACUAUGAGCAGGUCCUGCAUCUGAUCCGCUACCGGAACUGGCACACAGAGGCUUUGUUUGACAGGAAAUUAAAACUGGUCUGUUCUGAACUCAAUGGCCGCUACAUCAGCAAUGAAUUCAAAGUAGAGGUCAACGUGAUCCAUACCGCUAAUCCAAUGGAUCAUGCCAACAAUGCCAUGGUGCAACCUCAAUUCAUCAACCAAGUCCAGCACGCCUCAGUGGACCUGUCUGGACACAACUUGGUCAACACACAUCAGGCCUCAGUUGUUCCUAGUGCGGCCACCAUCGUUAUCAUGGUAUGUGUUAGCUUCCUGGUGUUUAUGAUCGUCCUGGGUGUAUUCCGUAUCCGUGCUGCUCACCAGAGCACCAUGAGGGACCAAGAAAACGGCAAAGAGAAUGAGAUGGACUGGGAUGACUCGGCCCUCACCAUCACUGUCAACCCUAUGGAGACUUAUGAGGACCAGCACAGCAGUGAGGAGGAUGGAGAUGGAGAAGAGGAAGAGGAGGAGAGUGAGGAUGGAGAGGAGGAAGACGACAUAACCAGUGCGGAGUCAGAAAGCAGUGAGGACGAAGGCGGAGAACAGGAGGACCAACAGGGUUCGAGCAGACAGCAGCAGCUAGAGUGGGACGACUCCACCCUCACCUACUGAUACCCCCGUGCACACAAUACACAUUAAUAACACAGAUAUACACACACAAAUCCACCCAUGCACAGUCACACCCCUCUGCCAAUGGGGACUCCCAUGUUUCCCUACAGUCCCUACCUAAGGAGCCAUGUGUAAAAACAACGUACAUGCGGAAAACUAAAUAAUUAUACAAUGUAUGUACAAUAUAGAUGCAAUAUAUCUGGUGUCUGCUUAAUUUCCAUUGGCCGAGGCUUCCCUAAUGACAUCUUAUUGUGGUGGUAAUCAGUGUAGUAUAGUUAUCACAAGGUAUCUCAAUCCAAGUUUCAAAUUUAUUGAGUCUUUUCCUGUCAUAACCAAGGGAAACCUGGCCUACAUUCACAUUUCUUUUGAAGCUGCAUAUGGACACAUUCCUGCACUUUUACUUCUCACAUUCAGCUCCAUCAAAUCGAGAAUGAUUUAAUGUAUAUUCCUUGCACAUGAAUUUUAGAUUGAGUUUUGAAGAAAGGAUUUCUAAAAUGAUUGUUCACCCAGAAAUGUAAAUUCAGUCAUUUGCUUACCUUCAUGUCAUUUCAAAUCUCUAUGACUUUUUCUUCCUUGGAACUCAAAAGGAGACGUUUGGCAGAAUGUCACCAAGUGCUUUCAUUGCAAUGGUGAAUGGAAGUGAAUGGAAACUGAGACUAACAUUCUGCCUAACCUCCAUCUUUUGUGUUCCAUGGAAAAAAGUCAUGAGGUUGAGUAAAUGAUGACAGGAUUUUAAUUUUUGGGUGUACCAUCCCUUUAACUAUUUGCUUUUUCUGGGUACUGAUGUUGUGCUCUGUAAAGAGGAAGGAGAUGAUGAUUCAUGGUCACCUUUUUCCUCCUAUCUUUAUAUUGCAUGGCAAAGUUUGCAAUCAUGGGGAUGGAAGAAUACAAUUGCUUUUUGAUAUUUUGUAAAUAUGAUGAAGCCAUGUAAUUAGUUAAUGUGUUAGUGAAAACCUAACCAAACGGUUUCCGGUAUCUGAAAGACACAGUACCUGCUGUAAAAUAUUUAUGUCAAGAGAUGCUCUUAGCAUGUUUCAAAACAUUCUGUGAAACUAUUCUGUCAUGCUUGUAUGGGAUGCCCGCUUCACAGAAAGAAACCCAUGACAGAGGCAGAGGUUUCUGUGGAGGUGGGUGUGCAUCUUUGUUGUUUGGUUUUAAAUUUACUGUAGUAGUGUUGGUGGGUGUGGAAUCGGUUCAGUGCUUUGGCAUAUAUAUGCAUAUGCUAAAUCUAGCUAGCUUGCAAUGGCACAAAUGCUACACCAAGGCAUCAAUGAUGGCGUAUUGUGGCACAAACGUUCGUUUUGGGGAUUAUUAAUGACAUUCAGGAGAUUAAUAUACAGUACAGUUGUUUUUUAAGUGUUCCUGUAUGUUGUACAGUUUAGGCACACUGCAGUUAUAUGCCAUACUUAGUUUAAGGCCUAAGUAUUCUUCGGUUUUCCGCAUGCUAGUGUGCAUAACGCAAAUUUAGUUCAGUUUCCUAGACACGCGGACAGGAUGCCAGGGGAAGAGUCAUUAAUAUUCAUGAGGAAAGCGCUACCUGAGUGAACGAUUGAGUAAAUAUCUGGAAAGCGCUACCUGAUUGGAUGGAGACUGGAUUGAUAUAAACCAGCCCUACCCCUAGAACAAACCCUAACCAAUCAGGUAGAGCUUUCCUCAUAGAUAUAAAUGAGGCUGAGUUUGUAAUAGCAUACUACUACAUACUACUCUCACUAUUUCUGCUAUAAAAAGAUAUGUAAGAAUUGUAUUGGUAGUGCGCCAGUUUGAACUCAGCCUGAGUCUGAGCUCAAGUCAGUUACAACCGAACUGAAUCGGAAUUAAGGAGGAGGGGGGUUAUUAUUUUUUCACUAAUUUUUGAACUUUUUUUUUUUCUUGCAAAUUUAGGAUAUCCCAAUGUCAUUCAUUUAAUUGGAAUUCUUGUCAUUUCAAGGCCCCUCAAAACACUGCAUUAACAAGGGCUAACCCUUUCCAGAAAUUAAUUUCAAGUUACUGGUUGAACAGUACUCUUAAAAACAAAAAAAGAAAAUAUUUUUGCAGGAUGUCUGCUAGAUUUUAUUGUACAUGGAACUGUACUGUAGAGUUGUGUAAAGAUAUUUGUUUACAUUUGGUAAACUUUUAUCCUUUUUUGGUGAUGGUAUCAAUAUACUUCAUAUUUGCAGGUCAUUUCUGCAUGUAGUUGCUCAGAAACAUUUCAUAUUUCAUUUUUGUAACGGGGUUCACAAGAUGGGCAAGGAGGAGGUGGGAACCGGCAGAACAGUCAAUAUAACUUUAAUGACAUCAAUGAACUUAAAGGAGCAACACACACACAGCGGCCGCGUGUGUCUCUCUCUCUCUCGAACUGGCACCUCCGGCUUGUCUUUAUCCCCCUCCCGGCUGAUUAGGAAAAUUCAGUGCCAGGCGUACAUCCUCACAGUCUGGCCACGCCCUCCUCCUCGUCACACUCCUCUACCGCCUGAUUCAGGCCGGGAAAACCUCCGGCUUGAUGUACUCCCCUCCCUUCCUGGAAGGGAGAUGUUGCCCUCCGACCGUCCUUCUGCCGGCAGGUCUUCCCCGCCUCUCUAGAGCCCUGGGAGAGACGAUGGGAGGGAGAGGGAAAGAGAGAGGGAGAGAUACAGAGAAAAACUUGCUCGCUGGUCCCAGAAAACGCUGUUGCCUGGUCCUCAGCCACUCCUCCGCCCUCUGGUGGAUGACAGCCGCUCCUCCCCUGGCAGACGGCAGCGAGUCCUCCGACCCCUGGUGAACGGCAGCAGUUCCUCCGACUCCCGGUGGCCGGCAGCGACUCCUCCGUCCCCUGGUGGACGGCCACGGCUCCUCCCCAGGCAGACGGCAGCGGCGAGGACUCCACGACAACGCAUCCCUCUUCCUUCCCGGGUUUCAACACAAAUGUAUCAGAGUUCACAGGAUGGGCAAGGAGGUGGCGGGAACUGGCAGAACAGUCAACAUUAUUUUAAUUACAUAAAUGAACUUAAACACACAGACACACACGCAGCGGCCGUUUUAUGAUUGUUAAGUAAAGAGAGACGUGUAUCUUUAGGGUACUUCAUUCAGAAUACCAUUUUUUGUUCACAUGCAUGAAUAUUUUAGGUUUGAGGUCUAAACAAAAAUGCUUUGUUGUGAUUGGUGGUAUGAAUAUAAUUUUAUGUUUGUCAGAAAAGGUAUAAUGUGGGACGUUGUUGAGGAGGUCUAUUUUUUGGACCCAUGGAACGGCAAUGGGAGAUAUUGUUUUUAGAAAUGCCAUUUAUUACUUUUUAUUUUCCUCUACGUAUUACAUUUUGUUAAACGUUUUGGUCAACAGGUCCACCUCAAAAUUAAUCGGACCAUAAACAGAGGUCCAAAUUUCAGCUUGUGGAGUUGGGAGUGCCUUUGCCUAUCACAGCUCAUUAACUCAACUAACUAAACACUCAUCCAUGCCAUUUUAGUUGUUGCAAUUUUCUCAUUUUGUACUUAUUUAAUAUUAGACUCACAGGUACGGGGACGUGAUUUUAUUUUGUUUUAUUUAAUUUUAUGUUAUGUUAUAACAUGGGUCAACAGCUACAGCUUUAUCAAGAAUGGACGUUUUAAUUGUCCUGCAUAGAUGUCUUGUGUUCAUGUUGAUGUGUAGAGAAUAUAGGUCCAUUCUGUAUCAUCAAUGAAUAUUGUACUAAAUCAUGUUUGAGGAAAUCCUUGUCUAAAAAGAUGUAAAUUUAUUGAAAUUAUUUAGGCAGCAUAUUUGGGUAUAAGUUUUAACAAUUUGUGUAAAGUGAAAGGUGAUUUUGAAGUGUAUUUCCUGAUUAAGGCAUAGAGGGCAGCAUGGAAAUCACUCGAAUUUGAUACAAAAUUUGUUUCUGAUGGGAUUCUCACACAAAUAUAAUAGUACCACACUUUCCAUACUGUAUUUUUAUUCUCAACUCGCAAUCAUUUUCUUUAAAAUAUGUUUGACUGAUGCAGACCAUUCCAUGUGAUUGGUAUAGUAAAUGUUUGUACUGAAAAUUGCACAAUUGUUAAAUCUUUGCUCCUUUUCCCCCCAAAUGCAUAUAUUUACCUGCAGGUCUCAGUCUUGUGUAAUGUAUUUUAAAUAAUGCGUUUUUGUCAUCUGGUUUGACAAUUUUAAGAUGCUGAUGCAGAAACGUUCCAAAAUGAACAAUCUGUGGUCAGUUUGAACAGCUGCAGAAGGUGGAUAUUUAAAGGGGCAUUGUCUUUGCAUGUAUAACACAGAUAUAAAUAUUUCCUGUAAAUGGCACAUGAAACAGUGGGUUUGGAAUUUUCCAGACUGGUCAGGAGACUGAUUAUACCGAAUCAAAGAUUAGCUGUCACAGAUUUGCAACAGUCAUUUGCUCACUUUCUUUUCACUUUUUGUUUUUGUUUUUGUUUGUUUGUUUAGAAAUUAAAACUGGGGAUGGUGUAGAACUGUUGAAUGCUGCCCUCAAGCUCAUUCACUUUUCUAUUAUUCAGAGGAAAAUUAUAGUGACGUUGAUGUUUGCUCAUGAACAAAAUAAAGGAUUAUGUGAUGGAAA